UAUUCCCACUCAACUUUGAUCUUUCUCCUUUUCUGUAAUAAUUAUUACACCUUUCAAACACAAAGUGAAAAGGGUUAAAUUAUUGGAAAUCCGUAUAUUGAAAUUAUUGAGUGAUCAAGAUUUGCUAUGGCUACUAGUGAUUAUGGGCUAAUGAUUGGCAUGAUGAUAGCCAUCUCAUUGGCUUCAUUUGUUUCUGCAGAUCCUGAGUUGCUUCAAGAUGUUUGUGUUGCAGAUCUUGCUUCAGGUGUAAAGUUGAAUGGAUUCGAGUGUAAAAGCAACAUAUCAGCAGAUGAUUUCUUCUUUGCCGGAUUAGCGAAGCCAGGGCUCACCAACAACACAUUUGGUGCAACCGUUACACCAGCUUCAGUCCUACAAAUCACCGGGCUAAACACCCUAGGUGUGUCCAUGGCCCGCAUUGAUUAUGCACCAGGCGGUCUGAACCCACCACACACCCACCCAAGAGCUACUGAGAUUGUGUUUGUACUUGAAGGUGAAUUGGAUGUUGGAUUCAUCACAACCGAAAAUAAACUCUUCUCUAAGACCAUCAAAGAAGGAGAAAUCUUCACAUUCCCUAGAGGCUUAAUUCACUUCCAGAUAAACAACGGUAAAGUUCCUGCAGCCGUUAUUGCUGCCUUCAACAGCCAAUUGCCGGGCACCCAACGGGUGGCAAACGCUGUGUUUGCCUCCUCUCCGACAGUAGAAGAUGUUGUGUUGACUAAAACAUUCCAAGUUGGAACCAAAGAGGUGGAGAAAAUUAAGUCUAGACUUGCUCCUAAGAAGUAAAAACACUUGGUAUCAAGUAUCAUUUAUGGGUUUUCAAACUUCUAUUUGGUUUUGUUUUUCAAUAAAAGUUUGUGAAACAAAGAUAGGGUCCAUGUUUUCGUGCACAAACUUUGUUUAACCUUCAAUGUGUUUUCAUUUAAUAUGUACAUGACUAAUAAUAUUGACGCUUCGACAUAUCUUUCUUUGAAACAA